CACUUUGACCAGCACUGAAAUUUACAGAGUUCUAGCCCUUGUUUUUGUUUUUAGUCUGCAUUAUUUUGUAUAAUCUUUACCUACUGUGGGAGUCUAAGAAGUUGUUUGUUUUUUUUUUACUUUCACUAUGUCACUCUACGAGGAACAAACGAAACGUGUGGCAGUUUGUGGUGGGGGUCUGGUGGGUGCGUUGAAUGCUUGCUACAUGGCUAGAAGAGGUUACAAGGUGGAUGUCUUUGAAAAGAGACCAGUACAUCAUGUCUAUUGACAGACGUGUAUUGAAUGAAAUCAUGCUUUCAGCUUCUGAGAAGUUUCCUAAUGUGGAGAUGCAUUUCUCUCACAAAUUGACCACAUGUAACUUUGAGACAGGAGAGGCUACCUUUGAUAAUGAACAAGGACAGAAAGUAUCCAAACAAUUUGACCUGAUUAUUGGCUGUGAUGGUGCAUACUCAGCUGUCAGGAAACAGAUGAUGAAGUUGAGCAGAUUUGACUAUCAACAGACGUACAUACCCCAUGGCUACAUGGAGCUCAAAAUACUACCUAACAGUAGAAAUGAGUUUGCAAUGGAAAAAAACUACCUGCAUAUUUGGCCCAGACAUGAAUAUAUGAUGAUAGCCAUGCCCAAUCUGGAUAAAUCUUUCACCACCACUUUGAUUAUGCCAUUUGAAAUGUUUGAAUCUAUCACUACAGAAGAGCAGCUCAUCCAGUUUUUUAAAGCUGAAUUUCCUGAUGCUGUUCCCUUAAUAGGACAACAAUCACUGAUUGAGACAUUUAUGUCCCGCAAAGCUCUUCCAUUCAUUACCAUCAAGUGCCAUCCAUAUCAUGUGAAUGACAAAGCAGUUAUCCUUGGGGAUGCUGCUCAUGCAAUGGUGCCAUUUUAUGGACAAGGAAUUAACUGUGGUAUGGAAGACUGUAUCAUACUGGAUGAAUUAUUGGAUCAAUAUAACAAUGAUUUCUCUAAAGCUCUGCCAGCAUAUACCAACAAGAGAAACCCUGAUGCCAAGGCUAUUUGUGAUUUAGCCAUGUACAACUAUAUUGAGAUGAGGUCAAAGGUGAACACUACAAGUUUCCUGAUCAGAAAAAAUCUGGACAAUUUACUCUUCAAGAUUUUCCCCAAGACAUGGGUGCCUCUGUACACCAUGGUUUCUUUCACUAGAAUUGGUUAUCAAGAGGCAAUCCAACGCAGAGAAUGGCAAGAUAAGAUUCUGACCAGAUGUUUGGCAGUCCUGGCCAUCAGUGGCAUGGUGGGUCUUGGUGUUGUGAUGAAUCAGCUAAACCAGAACUACAAAAACUGGUCUGUUAGUGUGCAGAGCAUCAUGAUCAAAUAUGGGUUUGUCUAUUAACGGUGUUGUCACUCAGUAUUCCAAAUGACUUCUGCAUCUUUUUUUUUAAUACCAAAGGUCUACUCACAGAAUAAAACAAAAGGUUCGAUUGCUAAUGACACAUUAGUCUGAAUGACCAACUCUGUGCAAAAGUACAUCCAAGAAGUUAUGCUUGAGAAGAGACAGACUGUGAUAAGUGAGAUAUAAAUAACUUGAAGAACAUUAAAUUAAACAAUGGACAAUACUGUGUAUGU